AUAAUUACCUUACUAAUUUGCUAUGCGCCCCUAACCCGCGCAUAGCUGUCGUAACCAACCAAUUAACUUGUUACGUCCGUAAAGAUCAUUCACCAACAUUUACUCUAAUGACAAAUGAUAGAAGCAAUUUGAACCAAUUCACAGAAUUAGAAGAGAAUUUGCUACUGGUAGUAUUCGAACACAAUCCACCUGGAUUUAAGAGAUUUCAGUUACCAGAUCCAAUUGACCGGAAAUUAAAAACAAUCGUAGUAUUUGAACCAAAUCUACCUGGAUUUAAAAAAAAAAACAUUUU